ACCAGAAACAUUCGUAAGAAAAGUUGAUUUCAGUUUUCAGACUGACGCUCAUGUACCCUGUUCUCUUACGUAAAGCGCCCUUUACUUUUUUCCAGGGACUUGAUCAGUAUUAGGUGUGGAAUAGCCGAGUCCUGCUGAAGCAUAUUUCCAGAGCUAAUGAGUAGUAGAUGCUGAACCGUUUCACCUGGAAAGUGACUACACCGACCACAGAAUAACACGCAGAUCCUGCAUGGGGAAGGAAUAUUAAGCAUUCAACCAAACAGUGUGUGGUGAAUCAAAAAAUCAAUCACUGUCAUCUCUAAAAUAUUUUCACGGGCCGUAUUUUCUUCGAUCCAUCACAACCUCGUAAUGAACAGGAGAGGCAUUUACUGGAGGACAGACGGGAACGAUCGACGCCUCCACCAACAGACCCUCGUAUGAUCCAAACUACGGAAUACAAGAAGUCCAAAAAUCUGCCUCGCUUCAUGAAGACCACAUCAGAAACCAACUGAAGCAAUGAAGUGUCAUCUGAGGUUUUACCUGCACUGUCUGGUUUUAAUGGGCUUCAGCUGUGUCAUUUCUACUUACGGGCCAUAUCAGAGAGCUCAGAAGACGGGUGACAUACUGCUGGGUGGGCUUUUCCCUAUACACUUUGGGGUGGCUUCUAAAGAUCAGGAUCUGGCAGCGAGGCCGGAGUCAACGGAGUGUGUGAGAUAUAACUUUCGUGGGUUCCGUUGGCUUCAAGCCAUGAUUUUCGCUAUAGAGGAGAUCAACAACAGCUCCACUCUUCUUCCCAACAUCACGCUCGGUUACCGUAUAUUUGACACGUGCAACACUGUCUCUAAAGCUCUGGAGGCAUCGCUGAGCUUUGUCGCACAGAAUAAGAUUGAUUCGCUCAACUUGGAUGAGUUCUGUAACUGCACGGGAAACAUCCCGUCGACCAUCGCGGUGGUUGGGGCGUCCGGAUCCGCCGUCUCCACAGCAGUGGCUGACCUUGUUGGCCUCUUCUACAUUCCUCAGAUCAGCUACGCCUCGUCCAGUCGCCUUUUGAGCAACAAGAAUCAGUACAAAUCCUUCAUGAGAACCAUCCCUACAGAUGAGUACCAAGCAAUCGCCAUGGCGGCCAUCAUCGACCACUUCCAGUGGAACUGGGUCAUCGCCAUAGGCUCCGAUGAUGAAUACGGCCGUCCGGGGAUCGAAAAGUUCGAGAACGAAAUGUUUCAUCGGGACAUCUGCAUCGACCUCAACUUUUUGAUUUCGCAGUAUUUCGACGAAGCCGAGAUUCGCCGGCUGGCGGACCGCAUCGAGAACUCAACGGCCAAGGUCAUCGCUGUGUUCGCCAGUGGCCCGGACAUCGAGCCGUUGGUUAAAGAGAUGGUGAGGCGAAACGUCACAGACCGGGUGUGGUUGGCGAGUGAAGCUUGGGCGAGCUCCAGUCUGGUGGCCAAGCCGGAUUAUCUGGAUGUCAUGGGUGGAACCAUCGGCUUUGUGCUGAGGGCUGGGAAGAUUCCUGGCCUUAAAGAAUUCCUACAGCAAGUGCAUCCAAAGCAGUCCUGUCAUAAUGAAUUUGUGCGGGAGUUUUGGGAGGAGACUUUCAACUGUUACCUGGAAGAUAGCCUGAGGAACGAGGACAGCGAGAAUGGCAGUACGAGUUUCAGACCCUUGUGCACUGGAGAAGAUGACAUCGCGAGCGUAGAGACGCCGUACCUGGACUACACGCAUCUGAGAAUUUCUUAUAACGUGUAUGUGGCUGUUUAUGCCAUAGCGCAGGCCCUUCAAGACAUCCUCAACUGUACUCCGGGGAAAGGAUUGUUCGCUAACGGCUCUUGCGCAGACAUUAGAAAAGUGGAGGCGUGGCAGGUUCUGAAACAACUGAGACACCUCAACUUUGUAAACGGCAUGGGCGAGAGGGUGCGUUUCGACAAUGCCAGUGAGGUGUCAGCAAACUAUACCAUCGUAAACUGGCAUCGCUCAACUGAGGACGGAUCUGUUGUGUUUGAAGAAGUUGGUUAUUACAGCAUACAUAACAAGAACGGGGCCAAACUCUCCGUAGACAAGACGAAAAUACUGUGGAACGGCCGUCUAACUGAGGUACCGUUUUCUAACUGUAGUGAGGAGUGUGAACCUGGGACCAGGAAAGGAAUUAUUGAUGGGAAACCCACAUGCUGCUUUGAGUGUACUGAAUGCUCAGAUGGAGAGUACAGCGAUCAUAAAGAUGCCAGCAUUUGUUCGAAGUGUCCCAACAACUCCUGGUCGAAUGGCAAUCACACUUCUUGCUUUCUAAAGGAGAUCGAGUUUCUCUCCUGGACCGAACCUUUUGGGAUCGCUUUGGCCUUGUUCGCAGUUCUCGGCGUCCUGUUAACGGCUUUUGUUCUGGGUGUUUUUGUGCAAUUCCGUGACACUCCCAUCGUGAAAGCCUCGAACCGGGAGCUCUCUUACCUUCUGCUUUUCUCGCUCAUCUGUUGUUUCUCCAGCUCCCUCAUUUUCAUAGGCGAACCUCAGGAUUGGACGUGCCGCCUACGCCAACCGGCUUUCGGCAUCAGCUUCGUGCUGUGCAUCUCUUGCAUUCUAGUCAAAACCAACCGGGUCCUGCUGGUGUUCGAAGCCAAAAUCCCCACCAGCCUCCACCGGAAGUGGUGGGGCCUGAACCUGCAGUUUUUAUUGGUGUUCUUGUUCACAUUCGUGCAGGUCAUGAUCUGCGUGGUGUGGCUGUACAACGCUCCGCCAGGGAGUUACAGAAACUAUGACAUCGACGAGAUCAUCUUCAUCACCUGCAACGAGGGCUCCAUGAUGGCACUGGGGUUCCUCAUCGGCUACACCUGCGUGCUGGCGGCCGUCUGUUUUUUCUUCGCCUUCAAGUCUCGGAAACUCCCCGAAAACUUCACUGAGGCCAAGUUCAUCACGUUCAGCAUGCUGAUCUUCUUCAUCGUCUGGAUCUCUUUCAUCCCCGCAUACUUUAGCACGUACGGCAAAUUCGUCUCGGCGGUGGAGGUCAUCGCCAUCCUGGCCUCCAGCUUCAGUUUGCUGGCCUGUAUCUUCUUCAACAAGGUCUACAUCAUCCUCUUCAAGCCGUCCAGGAACACCAUCGAGGAGGUUCGCUGCAGCACGGCGGCUCACGCCUUCAAAGCGGCGGCCAAGGCAACGCUUCGGCACAACUCCGCCUCCAGGAAGAGGUCGAGCAGCGUGGGCGGCUCCUCCGCCUCGUCGCCCUCCUCGUCAAUCAUCCUGAAGACCAAUGGGAAUGAAGCCGAGUCUCCGUCCGUACGCAGGCAAAGUCAGAAACCGAGGGUGAGCUUUGGAAGCGGAACGGUCAGUUUUUCUUUAAGCUUUGAGGAAUCUAGAAAGAACUCUGUGAAAUAAACAAGAACUGCUUUGUGAGUAGACAUUGUACUAUGAGUGUUUUAUACUGGAUUUUUUUCUAAAUCUCGUUUUCUGGUAAGGGAUCAGCCUGUUUUUUUUCCCUGAAACUUGAGAACGUGAGAACAGACUUUUUAGGCAUGGAUGGAAGUCAACCACACUUCAACCCACCGUAACACAACACACACGUAAAGUCUUUCCUCUGCUCGCAUGCAAGCCUUUUAUUGACCAAACACAUCUUACGUAGACACUUCUUGAGUCACUCUGUUUAAGACUGUCAGCUCUAUGAUGCAGAGAAAUAAAACCAAACAUUGAUUGAUGUCUUAUCUGUUUAGAUUCAAGUUUUUUUUAUUUGUCACACACACACACAGUUAUAUAUACACACCUGUAGUGAAAUGUUAGUUCUGCUAAGACCGAAGUUUACAUAUGCAAAUGUACAAGCAGUAAGUGUUUG